AUGGACGUCAUCAUCGAUCAAAUCCACGCUUUGGCCAAGACCUCUGACGAGGUCGGUCGUCUGGAAAUUCAAAGAGCUCUGCAUGAUGUUCAAAUGGAGAUGCAAAGUCCCAAGGAUCUCAUGUACAAUCUAGCAAACUCGCAACUCCUCCUUGGGAUUAUUCGCCUUGGGGCUGACUUGAAGCUGUUCCGCAUAAUCGCUAGCCAGAAUGGAUCCGUGACUGUCUCCCAGCUGGCCAAGACUACUCAAGCAUCUCCAUUAUUGCUAGAGAGACUGCUCCGGUAUCUCGCUUCGAACAGCAUGAUCAAGGAAACCGGUCUCAAUGAAUAUCAGGCAAACAAAAAUACUCACAUCCUUGCUGAUGAAAAGGGAGAGGCCAUGGUGUACCACGGAUUUGAUUUCCAUGGACCCAUUGUCAGCGCAAUGCCUGAAUUUUUCAAAGAAAACAACUAUCAAGACAUUGAUAGCACUACCAAUACCCCCUUCCAAAAGGCUCACAAUACUACGCUCAGUUCCUUUGAAUGGUUUGUUCAGCACCCAAAGCAUUUCGAGUCUUUGCAAAAGGUCAUGACUGUACUUGAGGGUGCGGAGUGGACUGUCGGAUUCGACCACUUGGAUUUGGCGGCCAAAGCAGUCCCCUCUAUCUCUCCUCGGCCUUCCGAGAAGCCCUUCUUUGUGGAUGUAGGAGGUGGCCACGGACAUCAGUGCAUUCAGCUUGGCAAGAAAUACCCGAACCUUCUAGGACGUCUUGUCCUUCAGGAUCUUCCAGAGGCUAUCAAUAAGCUGCCCUUGAUUGAGGGUGUGAAGGCUGAAGCUUAUGACUUCUUCAAGAGGCAGCCCGUUACUGGUGCCAAAUUUUAUUAUCUUCGACGUAUCCUGCACGAUUGGCCCGAUAAAGAGUGCACAAAGAUUCUCCAAAACACCCUCGAUGCCAUGGAUGCAGACUCCCGCAUUCUCAUUGAUGACGUUGUCUUGCCGGAUACUGGAGCCGUUUGGCAGGCGACGAUGGCUGAUAUUUCCAUGAUGAUUGGACUUGGAGGAAAGGAACGGACAGUCCAUCAGUGGCAUUCACUGGCCGGAUCUGCAGGCUUGCGGGUUGAGCAAAUCCAUACCUACACUGCAUCUACCUACACCUCUAUUGUCGUCAUGGCGCCGAAAUAG